CUGAUGGAGCCAGAUGAAAAAGGCAGGAGGCGAGCCCCUCCGGUUGCGCGUCAGCAUCCCCUCAAAUAGAAAUCCGCCUCUGUCACUUCUGCCCUGCACACUGACAGACGGACGCCUGCAACCCUGAAAUAGCAAUUUAUAGGAGGCAAAUCCCAUUUAGCAUGCUGCGAUAUUUGGUGAAUGUGAUGCCAAAGAAGAACAGUAAGGUGUAGCUAUAAGGAGACUGGGGCAUUACAGAGAAUGAUAGUGAAGACCAAGGCGCGCUGUCCCAGGAGAACUCAUCUGAAGAGCUGGCCGUGAGAGACCGGGAUGCUCCUCUAACACACCGGAGCCAAGUUUUCCUGAUUACACGGUCUAAGUUGCAGUGCUGGAGCUUAAGUGAAAGCGAGGGAGUGAGAAAGACGCAUUGGGUGUCAUGGACGGCAGCGGAGGAACAACUUCAGGGAAUCCUACCUACCAAAACCUGCUGCUCCUCGGAGCCAUUGCAGCAGCCUCCGCCUUUGUGGUCACCAUCCUUAUUGUCCUUGUCUGCGUAGGCUGCCAAAGAAAAAGCAAGAGCAAGCACCCCCCAGCCGGAGAGAAAGGGACAUCAGUAAAUAUGCAGGGUACGCUUCGGCAUCCAAAACUAAACUCCAUGAGUAAAUCUGACACCAGGCUGCAUGAGAUCAAUCGCUUUCCCUGCAAUGGAAACUCUGUUAGUAAAAGCCGCCCAGCCAGUAUGGACCUCCUGCUCCUUCACAGUCGGCGCUCCCAGACAGACCUGAGACCCUCCCAUGGACGCCAGCUCCCUCAGAUUCCCACCAGUACACAGGAAUCGGGCCAGGGAGGAGGAGGGGAUGCAGCUAGAGACCAUACCUACACUGAAGUUGGCCUGCGCAAUAACCCCACCCCUACCCAUUACCCGGAUGAUGGUUUAUAUGAAAGCGUUGGUGUCCGGGAAGGUGAUGCAGGCCCCAAGGUCCUCUCUGCACCACCUACAACAUCGGCCAACACUCCGGCUACAGUCAGAGCAGCCCAAAGCCCCCCAGGUCAUACUAAUGGAGCUCGUAAUGGAAACGGGCAUGGGAACGAUGUCAGAGGGAAUGGCAGGGGGAAUGGCACCAUCAGUGGAACAAUGACAGGAAGAAGUAAUGGGGCAAGUGGGGCAAACAGGUCCCCUCUGUCCUCUGUCAACUCCCUGGCCAUUCAAGAUUCAUCCGCAGCUGAGUAUGCUUCCAUACGGAAGUUUAGAAAGGUUGACAAGUUAAACAGGAAGGAGAAUAACGGAGCUGACAGCCAGUCAGACAGCCAAUCGAGCGUGAGUGAUUCACCCUCUGCUGGUCCUCCUCCACUGCACCGCAGUCAGGAGUUUCCACGCAAACCACUGGAGCCAUUUCACCUGCACUCCUUCCCAAAGGAAGCCGUGUUCAUGGGCAAUGGGGAGCAGUAUAUCUGGAAGCCUCCAGAGGAUGAUGACAUUAUCACCUUGCACCCACCUCCUCUCCGUGGAGAGAACGGACAGGGGCACCCAUCACCCCCAACUGCAAAGGAGAUUGCAGACACUUACUCUAUCGUAUGUAAAACCCAGAAAAAGAAGCCUCCAAUGGAGCACAAUGGAGCAAAGACCCUCCCACGUUCCUUUGGUGGGGAGAGAGGAAACCAGAGUUCUCGAGGCCGUGGCAGAGGUGUCCAGGGCCAGGCACGCUCCCAGGAGGAGCCCUGCUACGAGCCAGUAGGAGACAGAUCCUGGUCUUCUUCGGUGGUCGAAUCAGAUCCUGCUUAUGCUUGUAUCGACACCCACCGGAAACGUGAGCAAGGGGGACCCAUUAACAACACAGGUGGGAGUAGUGCCACUCUGAAGAGAAAGAAGCAGACACCCCAGCAGCAGGCAGCACCGGCUGCACCUCAAGGCUCAGGACCCACCGCCACUCCAGCUAAAAGCCUCCCUGGUGGGGAAAACUUCUAUGAGACUAUCAGCGAUGUUAAACAAGGGGCCAAUAGCUCCAGCACUACCACGAUCUUCACAUUCAAUGAUGGGAUGGAGAUGUAUGUCACUGGCCUGUAGCACACUGGUAGGCAGAGAGAGCCCAGAAUCCACCGGGCUCUUCCUGUUCGCUGGCCAGCAGGUUGAUGUACAUAGACACAAGGCGGGCCCUCUAUAUUCAGUCAACGUGAGGAUUCAUUUUGUGUUGACAUCAGGUACAAACAGGGUCUUAAUCCAGGUUCAGACUUCCUUUUAUUGGUCUGUAUUUCAGAACCAGGCUAAGCCUAGUCCAGCCCAAAAUAUGGACUAAAUACAUUUGAACAAAAACAAAAAAAAACGAAGAUAAAAACAGCUACAAAAAAAAAGAAAAAAACCUGAAAUAUACAUCUUCAGUGUUCUGUGUUACUGGCCAUAUUCACCUGUUUGUGCAUCAUUUUCCAUAAUAUCUAUAUUUUUAUAUGAACACUGUACUCUUAAGAGUAUGUGGUGAAACUCACACCCUGAGAAAAACAAAAACACACACACUAUCAAUAAAUAAAGAAAGAAAGAAAUAAAAAAAAGAAAUGUGCAUGCUUUGUGCAAACUCACAUAAAGAUAGAUAUGAAAAUAGACUAAAGUAGCAAUGAAAAUGGAUAUUUAAGGAGUAUGAGGUACCAGUACAAAUACCUGCCUCACCAUUGGGUACCUUAAGAAACAUAAGCACAUAUAUGUCACAGAUUUUUGUGACGCUUCGCUUUCUCUAAACAAACAUGAAACAGGUUUUCACUGACCUGUUGCCUGGCAGACAGCGUUGUGGUGCUUUGUUCAAACAUAGGUCUAUAAUUUGCAGGCCUGCUCAAACACAUUAGUAAAUGAAGGUAAUCAUCUUCAUUUCACAAAUGUUCAUCAAUGUGUCCCAAGCUCAUUAGUAGUUCUCAGUAACAGUAAUCAUGGCCAUGAAAAAUGACUUUUCCUCAAACAUAAAAUAUUGACUUAAAUUAAAACAGAAGGCAGAAAUCUGCACUCAGAUUUGACAAACAUCUGUAGCCAGAGGCAUGUUGACACACCCCAACACACCCCCACUCACACACACAUAUUUAGCAGAGUCAUGCAAGGUGAAAUGAUCAGGUCAGGGGCAGUGAGUGGCUUGUGUAAGAAUUUCCCCAGAGUGAUGUUUCACAAUAUGAGAUCUUAACUGUAUUAGGGAUAAAUGACAGAAAUAUAUUUACAAAAAGAAAAAAAAAGGAAGUGAAAGAAUUUCCUAAA